AUGGCCGCGCCAAGCGCGACGACGUUGCUCCUCGCCGCCCAUCGCGGGGUCCCUGGCCUCAUGGCCUACAUCGAUGAUCAUGCAGGCUACGCCCAUGCAGUGCUUGCGCUCGUGCUCGAGGCGAGCCUGCAAACGCAGGUGCCGCUACGCCGGAAGCGGGAUAUGUGGAGCGCGCUUCUGUUGCAGCAGCCCACGCUUCGCUUCAUCGACGCUGCGACGCGCAAGUCAACGCUAGCGACGCUGCGAUCUCUGGACGCGGAUGCCUAUGUGCUUGUAUUGGCGCAGAUGGCGCUCUGUCCUGACGAUGCUGUGCCAGACGACGGUAUGCGACUAGAGCCCGCGGAUGGGCUUGUUGUCGCACCUCUCUUCCAGUGCAAGGCUGUUCCCGCCACCGACGACGCGCUUGAAAUGGACAACAAUGCGGAUGAUGCUGACCGUGCAGCGUCCAAGCGACCGCGUCUCGAUACCAACAGCCCCGAAUGCAUCGAGAUCGACCUCGACGACGACGAGGUGAAUCCUCUCGACCUGCUCAGCUUCAAGAUGCAGGCGCAAGAACACGCAGGAAUCGACGCCUCAUUGCAGCAAGAGACGGACAGUGCUGUCGACGCGCCGCCAGCUGCCAUCGAGCUCACACCCGAGCAUCAAGCCAAGGUCGCGCUCCUUCUCAAAGCGAUCGGGCGAUUGACGGGGCACGUCGCCGGCGAAGUCGCUUCCGUGUGCGACGACAUUCUAAGUCUCUGCCUCGACAUCACCAUGGGGCCCGAGCCCAUCAUGGCCAAGCUCGAGGUUCUCGGCGACAAGCUGCAGCUAGACACGCUGCCGGACGAAGCCCUCGUCGUCUUUUGCUCGAAGCUUCUCGACGCGCAGUGGAGCUUGCGUGCGUCCAUGCACCUCGUCGCGAUCAGUCUCUUUCGCAACGUGAUGGCGUCGCCGAAUGCGAUCUCCCGCGGUCUUGUCCAAGUGCUCUCGCGCCUCGCCAGCGACCACGCGAGCGUCGUCAUCGAGCAGCUUCUCGUGCCCAUCAUGACGUCACCAGACUUGUCGGAGAAGGCGCCCCAGUGCGAAAUCGUGACGCGGCUACUCCGCGACGGUCUCCAUGCGUCGCACAUCGAUGCGCUCGUGCAACGCGUCGUCGCCGACCGGCAAGCGUCGCCGUUCAUGACGUCCGAUCGCAUGCUGCUCGUGCUGCAGACGCUCUUCAACCUCAAAGCCGCGCUCUCCCAGAGGACGAUCGACGGCGUCGUCGAUGCCAUGCAAGCCGCGCUAUCACGCCACACAAAGUCGGUCAAAUUCGCCACCGUCCUCUUCACCGUCGUCUCCAAGUACCCCACGCUGUGCUCGCCGCACCGCGAGACGCUCUUUGAGAUCGGCUCGGGCUGUCACUCGUCCAUGGCCAAAACCGCACUGCGCGCCAUUGAAAAGCUCACUUGAUACUGGAUUGAUACUAUGUUUACUUGCCAA